AUGCAUACUGUAAAGUAUAAACUGAUAACAGCAAGCUGGCAUUUGUGCUUGUACCUUUGUGACCAGCUACUUCCUAUUGUAUGUGUUUUCUUUGGAAUAUCAAGGUAUUGGUUUGCUUUGAAAUAUGGCUGCCAAGCUGCAUUUAAACUAAAAAGCAGUGGGGAUGCUUCAGAAACAGAUCCUUCCAACUUCAUUAAAAAACAAGCUAUUGAUGCAGUGACUGAUAUUAACAUGCUCAGAGUGUUCAAGGCUUUUUUUGGGACCACACCACAACUUUUCGUCCAGAUUUACAUCCUCCUGCAACAUGGCACAACUAAUUGCUAUCAAUAUGCUGCCAUUUUUAUGUCUUUUUGUGGUAUCUCCUUUUCAAUGGUUGAUUAUCAGAUGUCAUUACGAAAAUCUCUGCCUGACAAAGGUGAAUUUCAUGUGCCUUCCAAGUUCAUGUAUCUCUUCUAUAAACUGCUUACCAUCACUUCUUGGGUACUCAGUAUUUCACUUAUCACUCUACUGAGUGUUAGAAUUUCUGUAAUUCUGCUGAUAUUUCUUUGGAUCUGUGGCUUCACUUGGACUUUGAAACAAUGUACAACAUUUUGGAAAUCUAAGAAGAUGGAAUAUCUGUACAGAACCGUAGUUGGAAUAAUUCUAAUUUUUACAUUUUUUAACAUAAAGGAGAGAAGAAUGAAAGUUUGCAUUUCUAUUUAUUAUGCUACUCACAUUGUAGUAACUCUAGGUAUUUUGUUUGUAUAUAUGUUCUGGAAACCUUCCAUUAUCAAGGUAAUACAUUUGACAAUUGUGAUCAUCUUAACUAUUUUACAUCUGGUGUUAGGUAUUAUUUUUCUUGUUGUUUAUUAUAAGCAUUUUCAUCCCACUACUUAUUGCAGACCACAGGCAUGUUUAGAUGAAGUUGAUGGAAUGACAGGACAAAAAGAUAGAGUGAAAACCAGCAGAUUUCAAAAUUUUUUAAUGCCAUGAAUGGUAUAGAUCUUUUUUUGUGAAGACUUCAAAGCAAAUACUUGCUGGACAAUCUGUUUCUCUGUCUUGUUUCUUAUGUAUCAUCACAUAAGGGACCAGAGUUACUGACUUCGAAUAACUAUUUGUUUUCUGUGAUGCUGUACAAAAACUGUAACAUGAAUAUUCACCUGCUGGUGAAAGUUACUUUUGAAAAAGAAACAGUCUAUCUAUCCAACACAUUCCACUGUUUUAGUUUUUUUCACAAUGCAAAUGUAACAUAGGAAAAGCUAAAAGUUUAUGAAAUGAAACCUAGCAUUAA